GCAGCUGUUUUGUGUUUAUUACUAUCACUGAGACACUACCACUCACUCUUGCUAGAUAGAAAUAAAAUCAUUCAAGAUCUAAAUAUGUCAAGAAUUAUCAAAUGAUUUAAAAAUAUAAAAUAACUAUUUAGUCACACAAAGAUCGAAAAUUGAUAAUUAGAAGCCAUGGAGCCAAAAAUGGGUUUUUGGAAUCGUGUGCAAACUAAUAUUAAUAAUGAUGUAUUGCUCACUAAAAAUGUGGCAAAUAUGUAAAUAACAACUUUCAAUCAUGGCUCUCAGUAAGUGUGUGGACCAAGAAAUAGUAACAGUUAAAACUGAGUACAAUGAAGAUUUCAAUUAUGAGGCUUGUAGUUUGGCAGGAGGAAGUGAUGUAGAUAUUACAGAGGAGCAAAUUUUGGAUCAGUUUAAAGAAGAAAAGACAGAGCAGUCUAAGGAUGUUUUGCAGUUAGGAGAUGAUACUUCUGAAGACUUUAUCGAGAAAGAGAGAAAUGACACAUGUUCAGAAGUUGAAAAUCAUGAAGAUGGAGAUUACUACUGUACCUCAAAGACCUCAUGUACUGAUACGGUUGAUUCGGGUAAGAUCGUUUGCAAGGUAUGUCGAAAGGCCUUCUUCUCACAGACAACUUUAUCUGUACAUAUGCAACGGACUCACACACAGGAAAACAUCUAUGAGUGCACAAGAUGUGACAAAGUUUUCACAAGUCGUGUGUCUCUCAAGUUACACCAAGAGGUACACUCGGCAGAUAAACCCACCUUCUGUGAGGUCUGUAGUAAGACUUUCAGCUGCAUUAACAACCUCAGAAUCCACCAACGCCAACACACAGGAGAGAAACCUUUCCGUUGUUCUGUCUGUGGCAAGCGCUUCAGUGAUGGUAGUGGUUACCGGAAACACCAAAGAGUACAUACGGGUGACAAGCCUUUUGCAUGUAGUUUGUGUAGUCUUAGGUUUAAGCAGACUACGUCUCUCAGGAAACAUGAGAAAACUCACUUUGGAUGUCGGCCGUUUCAUUGUGAUAUCUGUAAAAAGAGAUUUUCUGAAAAAUAUGCCCUUCAACGUCAUCGGGUAGUUCACACAGGUGUGAAGGCAUUUUGCUGUAACAUCUGUAAUAAGUCAGUGUGCGACCUUAACACUCUGCGGAUUCAUCAGAGAAUCCAUACUGGAGAAAAACCUUACUUUUGCGAAUUAUGUCAAAGAUACUUUAGGGAUGGUAGUGGAUUUAAGAAACACAAACGGGUUCAUUCGGAAGAGAGACCUUUCCAAUGUGAUUUGUGUAAAAAAACGUUUCGUGUAAAAAGUAGUUUACGAUCACAUUUAUUGAGUCACUUGGAAAUUAAACCAUAUCCUUGCAAAAUUUGUCAUAAAACCUUUGUUAGUCAAAAUUAUCUUAAAAAGCAUGUAAAUAUGCACAAGGGCAUACUAGAUUUUGUGUGUGAUAUCUGUAACAAAGCUUGUACUACUCCCAGCAACUUGAAACUUCAUUUAAAAAUACAUUCCGAUGAAAAACCUUUUACAUGUGAGAUAUGUAAAAAGUUCUUUCGUGAUGUUGCAUCUUUAAAGAAACAUUGUCGAACUCAUACAGGAGAACGCCCGUACGAUUGUAAAUUAUGCGGGAAGGCGUUUUGCAAAAGAGAAAGUCUGAAGUCACAUGUACGAGCACAUGCUGGUGAAAUCCCUAAUCCAGUGCACUGUCCUAUUUGUCAUAAAUUAUUCCGUCAUGCUACAAGCCUCAAGGCGCACUCUACCAUACACACAGAUACCAAGCCGUUCAUAUGCACACUCUGUCCUAAAAGUUUCCGUCAAAAAUGCAAUCUAAUUACCCAUGAGCGAGUACACACAGGAGAGAGACCCUUCAUCUGCCAUGUUUGCUACAAGCAAUUCUCUCAAAGUGGCAAUCUGAAAAAGCAUUUAUUAAACCAUAAUGUAGGAAAUUGAGUAAGUCUGAAUAUACUAGUUACCACUUGUCUUACCAAGAAUAGUUUAGUUAGUGGCCAAAUGGCAUCAUAAGUUGUUUUAGCAUUUGUUAUUUUCUUAAACUGUUUUAUUGACCGAGUUAAAAUGAUUACUUUCUAAUUCCAAAGAUAGAGAUUUAUAAUUUAAGUAUUGUUAAUUAUAUUUUGUUUAAUAGACUGAUUAUUUUUAGGAUUUGAGAAAGAGCUCCAAAUGGUAUAAUAGGAGAUUUAGAGCUCUAACAAGAUGUUUAUUUAUAAUCAGUUCCUUGUUUUAUAAACACCAUAAUGUUACUGCAUUAUACUAGUCCAAACAAUCCUAAAACUGUGUUUUUAUGUUUGCAUAAUUUUAUGUUCAUGUUAUGUUUAAAAGGUGUAGAUAGAUUUUUAGUGUGUUCUUAGAAUUGGGCUUAGUUAGUACUUAAAAGUAUAAAGUACUUGUUUUAGAAUAUCGUUUUGUGUUAUCAGUCCAAAGCACUAAUUAGUACUGAAAAACUUUCUUAGGUUUCGUUUUAAACUUCAUGCAAGACAGUUAUAUGCAUUUUUUGUUAAAAGUUGCUUAAUUUUAAAGUUUGUAUGUAACAAUGUUUCCAUUUUUAUUUGUUGUAUCUUUAAACAAGUAUCAAGUUCUAAUUAUUUUUUAUGAAAUCGAGUUUCAUUAAUUCUUGAUGAGCUUUAAAAUACAGUUAUAGUCAUAUACCAAAGUCAGUUACUAAUACUAAUAUUAGUAUGUAAAUGAUUGUUGUCAAAAUAUGCUCAAAUAAUUCAUGGCUGUAACUACAUCUGUAUUUUUUGUUUCUCUCUGUGAACUGCGUGGCUCCAGGUCUUCCAUUAGUGUAGAUCAUAAAAAUAUAUUUCAUUUGUUUAGAGCACAACAAAGUCAACAUAUACCAUAACAAUAGUUCUUAAGUAACCUCUGUAAAGUUAAAUUUAGAAAAAGUCAUGAUAUUAAUAUAUUUAAAAAAUUAUGCAUCUCAAUUGUACAAUACAAAGAUGUCAAAAAUUGUGGUCCCUCACUUACAAGGUAAUAAAUUGUUUGUAUCAUUUAUAUUCUGUACAAUAAUUAUGUAAGUAAAGUUUUUAUGUAACAAGAUACU